AUGAUAAAGUUUGUUUUUUGCAUUAUCUUCGUCGCUGUGGUUCAUGCGCGGUUACUUCGCAAGAGACAAACUCCGUGUCCGGAAGUCUGUGAUGGCUCCCGCUGUCCUGUCGCACCUGAAUCACGGUGUUACUACGGUGUAGUGAAGGACAGCUGCGGAUGCUGCACAGUAUGCGCGUCUGGAGAAGGUGACAUUUGCGGGGAGCGCGGUAUUGGCCUUUGUGGCGAGGGAAUGACAUGCGAAUAUCCAGCGGGAAAGCGCAGAGUUCGCGGUUCAUGCGUUUGCACACUUUCAGAGCCGGUGUGUGGAAGUGAUGGAAGGACUUACCCCAGUAUGUGCCGUUUGAGAGCCGAGAACAAAAUAGCAGAACUCAGUAUAAAUCCCCCGGUCAUCUUGAUUCAGAAAGGCCACUGUGAUUCGGGUUCCCUGGACCCAGGAAGUAUCCGCUACAAAUUCAACUUCAUUGCCGAUGUGGUGGAUAAGAUAGCCCCUGCUGUGGUGCACCUAGAGCUUUUCAAGAGGUUGGCAUUUUCAAACCAGGAAGUCCCCGUCUCUAGUGGUUCGGGGUUCAUCGUGUCAGAGGACGGCUGGAUUGUCACCAACGCCCACGUUCUCUCCAACAAGCAGAAAAUCAAAGUGGAGAUGAAGAACGGUGUCAAAUUCGAUGCCUCCGUCAAGGACGUGGACACGAAGCUAGACAUUGCACUCAUCAAAAUUGAGUCGGAUAGUCCACUGCCGGUGCUUCUGCUGGGCCACUCGUCUGACCUUCGGCCUGGGGAGUUUGUGGUGGCAGUGGGUAGUCCCUUCUCCCUGCAGAACACGGUCACCACAGGCAUCAUCAGCACGGCCCAUAGGAAUGGCCUGGAGCUGGGACUCAAAGACUCUGACAUGGAGUACAUCCAGACGGACGCCAUCAUCAACUAUGGCAACUCAGGGGGACCACUUGUGAACUUGGAUGGGGAUGUCAUUGGCAUAAAUACUCUGAAGGUCACAGCAGGAAUAUCCUUUGCAAUUCCUGCUGACAGAAUACGGCAAUUCCUUGCGGAUUCCUACGACAGACAAAUCAAGGGAAAGACACUGCCAAAAAAGAAAUACAUGGGUGUCCGGAUGCUUCAACUCUCAACUCAUUUGAUCCGAGAUCUGAGGGAGCGGGAGAGCGGCUUCCCAGAUGUGAGCUCAGGAGUGUACGUUUAUGAAGUGAUCCCAGGAACAGCUGCCUCCAGUGCUGGCAUGAUUAACCAUGAUGUUAUAAUCAGCAUCAACGGGCAACCCAUCCAGACCACAGACGAGGUGAGUGAUGCUGUCCAGUCAGGCAGUCCGCUGUCCGUGGUAGUGCGGCGAGCUAACGAAGACGUCAUGAUAAAGGUUGUCCCUGAGGAAAUCGACUGA